AUGAUUGGGAUAGAAGUAAAGGGACGUUUAAAUCAAUACAUAAAAGCCGUCCUGCGCAACGUAGUUGACGAAAAUGUGAUUGUCUUCUACCCGGAAAAGAACGAAGAGGAACAAGUUCCGAUAAAAAAUGUGCGACUACCCCCAACUUCCGAAAGGGAUGUUCAUCCUGGACAAAACGGGGAAGCCCUAUUUUCUGUCGCUACCGAUCAAACUCCAAGUUCCUCUAGUAAUACAAUUACACUGCCUGGCCGUUGGGGAGAGGAAACUAAUGGUAAACCGGAAGUUGAACUCAUACUAGAUGAUCAGCUGAAUUAUCUCCCUAUUCCAUCUUGGUGGCCUUGCCGCGUUGUCAAGAUUCGAGAUGAUGUCGCGGUGGUGAAGUUAAAUGUAACUCCGCCGGCCGAUGCAACGCCCUCAGAAAUUUCAGUUUGUACACAGCUUUCUACUGUUACCGAGAUCGUAAGUCGUAAGUCCCUACGUCAGCCCAGUGAUGAUUGCCCAUGUCUGUCACCUGAUAUCAUUCACCGGCAUCGUAUUGAAAUUCCAAAGGAAUUGGCAGACUUUGCUUCUGAUCCUUCUGUCCACCAUGACUUUUUGCGCCAUUGUGGUGGCCCUGUAAGCCUAUACUACGAUAAUGAGUCUUCCUGUUUGGUCGUGUUAACGACAGACCCUGUAACAGCAAAGAAUGUUGCCUUGUUGGAAGAUACUCAUUUAAGAAUGUUGCGCCAAAAAUGGGCCCUAACUCGAAGUCUUCGGCAAACUAUUCGGAAUCUUGAGGUCAAUCGAGGACCAGAUGUAUCACGACCAGGUGGGUCAAAAAACUGCAGUGACUGGAACAGUGAUCCUAGUCUAUUUGUUGAAAAGUUUUUUGUUCCUCAGCAUCUCAUGGGUUUAGCUAUAGGUGCUCGUGGUGUAAAUAUUCGUGCUGCAAGAGAAAUUCCUGAUGUAAUCCGUAUCGAGUCAUGGGAACCGUCAGAAUAUAAUGCAAGAAAUAAUGACCCUGUUGAUAAUUCUGGAGAUUAUGGUGAAGCUGCGAUGUUUGUUAUAGAAGCCAAGACUCUGGAAGCUGCAAAACAAGCUCGAGCUAAACUAGAAUACUCCGAGUUAUAUUUAGGUGUUCCACGUCGUUAUGUAGGACGUUUGAUCGGGAAAAGAACGUCAAAUAUUAUGUCUAUCAUUCGUAAAUCUGGUGUUGUUCACAUUCAUUUCGAUGAUCAUAUUGAAGGCUCCGUAUCACUCAGUGAUGAUAAUAACCAAACUGAUGUUAUUAAGUAUACCUAUCCAGGGCGUCCUUUAGCAAGUACAAUGCGACGAGUCUUUUUAAAGGCUGGAAGUGCUCAGACAUCCUCACAACCAUAUACAGAUGAGGAAUACGGUGGAUUCAUACUAGCUGGUACAAGGGACUCGAUCGAAAAAGCUCGUUUGUUGAUCAACUUCCAAAUGGAUUAUUUCUAUGAUCUUGAAAAGAUGGAGAGCGAAAAGCUGGAGUUAAUGCGUAGUUUAUCUCAUGGUGGAGUGGACUCUGGUCCAGGCUACCCACCUCGUGGUACGGCAGUCGGACGUUGGGGUGAACGUGGUGGUGUUGGGAAUUAUGGCCGUGGUGGUCGCGGACGCAGACCAGGUCGUGGUGGUCUGUUACAUCCUCCUGUUAGUGAUAUCAAUCAUGGACAUUAUACAGAUGAUGAAAAUAUUGGAAAUCCAAUCCCCUAUCGAGGCGCAAAACGUACGCCUCGUGAAACAUACGGUCACCGUAGUUCUGGUGGAAGAAUCCCACGUCAAAGUGGAAGAGGAAGUCGGCGAUUAGGAGGUUCAGGUCGCGACUCUAAUUGGAAUAACCACAUGAACAACAACGGGGAUGUCACUGACCGUCGUCGAGGUUCGGGUGAUUCGGAUGUCUUAGAGUCUGACAACUUACCUGAUGGUUUAUCUGCAGAACGAGCAAACGCUGGAAGACAUAACAGAGUAGAACGUCACUCUCCAGCUCCAAAUGGAUUUUAUUCUGAUAGAGAACGUGGGGACGAAAGUGAAGAUACCCUCAAUCCUACCAAUGAAAACAAUUUCCCAUGUGGUGAUGCGUCUUCUGAAGACGGUGGGGGUUGUUCAGUUGACAAUAUGCGCUCAAGACUGAAUAAAUAUGUACAUAGUCGUCGUAACAGUAAAUCACGUCCCCCACGUCGCUCACAUCCAGCUCGUCCCCCAAAUUCCGACCAGUGGGAUACAAAUUGUCAAUUCAACAACGUCGAUUCAUCUCUUGGUAGUCAGAAAUUGCGUAGUGGUGGUGGUGGUAAUUAUUCUGCCAGACAGCAGUCGGCGCAAGUAGUAUAUCAGGAAUAG